GUUGCAUAUAGAUGAGCAGGCAGCCAAUCUGAGCCGACCCACAGACUCAUAAAAGCCGACAGGACCUCAGGCACCCUCACCUUGGACACCCAAUCUCUUGGACCAAAGGUACAAGGACUCACUCACAUCAAGAAUCUGACUGCUUUCUUGGGGAUCAAGAAAUUGAAUUUUUGUCUCAGUGUUCGCUCUGGCAAUCCAUGAGAUCACGGUGUUGACAGAAAGAAUGUUCAAACACCUUCGGAAAUGGUUUGUCACCCGCUUUUGGGAGCAUUCUCGACAAAGAACGAGGCUGGUUUCCAAAGACGGAAGGUGCAACAUAGAGUUUGGCAAUGUGGGUGCACAGUCGAGGAUGAUAUUCUUUGUGGACAUUUGGACGACCGUGCUUGACCUCAAAUGGAGAUACAAGAUGACCGUCUUCAUCACAGCCUUCUUGGGGAGUUGGUUCCUCUUUGGUCUUCUGUGGUAUGCUGUAGCCUACAUUCAUAAAGAUCUCCCUGAGUUCCAUCCUUCUGUCAACCACACCCCCUGUGUGGAGAACGUUAAUGGCUUGACCUCAGCUUUUCUGUUUUCUCUGGAAACGCAAGUGACCAUUGGAUAUGGAUUUAGGUGUGUGACAGAACAAUGUGGCACUGCCAUUUUUCUGCUCAUCUUUCAGUCUAUACUUGGAGUUAUGAUCAAUUCUUUCAUGUGUGGUGCCAUUUUAGCCAAGAUCUCCAGACCCAAAAAACGUGCCAAGACCAUUACAUUCAGCAAGAAUGCAGUGAUCAGUAAACGAGGUGGGAAGCUUUGUCUCUUAAUCCGAGUGGCUAAUCUUAGGAAGAGCCUUCUGAUUGGCAGUCACAUAUAUGGAAAGCUUCUGAAGACCACAGUCACUCCUGAAGGAGAGACAAUUAUUUUGGACCAGAUCAAUAUCAACUUUGUAGUUGAUGCUGGGAAUGAAAAUUUAUUCUUUAUCUCCCCACUGACAAUUUACCAUAUUAUUGAUCACAACAGCCCCUUCUUCCACAUGACAGCAGAAACACUUCCCGAACAGGACUUUGAACUAGUGGUGUUUUUAGAUGGCACAGUGGAAUCAACCAGUGCUACCUGCCAAGUUCGGACAUCCUAUGUCCCAGAAGAGGUGCUUUGGGGUUACCGUUUUGCUCCCAUGGUAUCCAAGACCAAGGAAGGGAAAUACAGAGUGGAUUUCAAUAACUUUAGUAAGACAGUGGCAGUGGAUACCCCUCACUGUGCCAUGUGCCUUUAUAAUGAGAGAGAAGCUAGAGCCCAGAUGAAGAGAGGCUAUGACAACCCCAACUUUGUCUUGUCAGAAGUCAACGAAACAGAUGACACUAAAAUGUAACAGUGGCUUUUCAACACGAGUAAAGCAAAGUUUUGAAGAUACCUAGUGACUAGAAGCAUAUGAAGCAGUCAACAAUUUGGGAGUAUGAAGGUAGGACUAAAGCUUUCCAGGCCCACCAGCACAAAGCCCCUGAACUCAAUAACCAUUAUCUUCUGAGACACAUGGCAAGUGCAUUAGAACAUGCAAUGUAUUCAUCGGAAAUCGGAAUAUGGAAGUCAUGGGAGCUCACUUGGAAUUUGAAUAUGAUUAUUUGAAAUCAUGUAACAUUGAUAGGAACAGGCAAAAUCAUCAAAAGUCUCAUGGACAUGCCAAAUAAGAUCUUUUUAAAAGUCUCCUUGAAGAAAUUAUAAGCUUUACAUCUAAUCAAGGAAAAAUCGAAUUCCUAUUUUGAUUUUACUGAUAAGAAAGCAGCCACUUUUAUUUUAACAUUGGCUUUUAUCAAAGGAAAAUUGUCGCCUGAGUUGGGGAAGAUGAACCAAUCAAAGACAAUAAGAAAAGGCCAUUACACAGAGAACACCUGUGAGGCUCU